AGGAAAAACUGGACGACAGCGUAGUUUCACUUUCUUACGUCUUGUUGAAGUCUGACGGUUUGAAACUGAGCGAGAAAACGGCGUAAAACAGCUGUACGAUGCAUCUGCAGAUAUCGUGUAGCAGCAAACUGAUUUGACCAGAAAAAAACCCAUUGAAGACUAAAAAAUAUACCACAGAAAAAAGUUCGAUCGUUUUAUUCCUGCUAGUUGCUACUGUACGUAACUGCAAAGUGAAUGUGGAGGAAAGAAACAGAUGCAGGCACCCAUCAGGACUGUGAGGGUGAAUGGUCUGCCCACAGACAUUGAUGAUGACAGGCUAAAGGACAAGCUCUUUAUCCAUUUUCUGCGAACCAGGAAUGGGGGUGGGGAAAUAAAUUCCAUCCAUAUUGUCAAGGAGAAGCCUGGUUCUGCCCUCAUCACCUUUGAAGACAGUGGAGUGGCACAGAGAGUUAUUCAGCACAGCCAGCACAAUCUGGAGCUGGAUGGGAAGACACAUGAACUCAUCCUAACUGAGCAUCGUGAAAGUCUGGACCUAGAUAAGGUUGUUUUAAGCUUAUCAGCAACGGUUGACUACAGCCAGAUUCCGUUAGGAAUAUUGGCAUUAAAAAGCCUUAAGGAUCAUCAUCGUGAUGUCCAGAUAAGCUUUGACGCUACUGACAAAUUGUGCACAUUGAAAGGUUCCUACUCCAAAAUCCAGGCUGCCUUGGCCCUACUUGUGGAGCAUCCGGGAAGUCCACAAUCAGCAGAAAACAAAUACUUGGAUCAACCUGCUGCCCAAACCUCCUGGACUGUUCAUAAAAGGCAGAAGCUUCAUGCUCAGGACUCUGUAGAUCAGAAAAGGAAAUCAGAUGAGCGAGCAAAACAAAAAGAGCAAGUCCACAUCGACAGGCUUUCUGAAGUGCGGAGCUCACAUCCGCAUACACACUUCAUGAGUGCUGAAUAUGACUGGGAAGAUACAGGCCAGGCAGCAGGCAAGGCUCGGCAGCUUUCUGGACUUCUUGCAACAUCAGAAGAAGAUUUCUCAUUAAUUUUGGAUGCAGACAUGUUCCACUAUCUGUUGAAACACUGCAGGGAGGAUUACCAGCAUAUCCUUCAUCAGCAUGGUGUUGAGGUGGUGGAUGUGACAGUUCAGGGUGUGACCACUCUGUUUCUGCAUGCUACCACAGCCUCAAGGGCAACUGGGCAAGAGCAGGAACACCUGAGGUUGGCAAGAAAUGAAAUAAGCAGGUUGUACCAGGAGAAUGAGUCCAACAUCCGUCGAGGUCAGCUGCCAAAAAGCAUCUUGCCCAGCAGGGAAGGCUUGCAGAUGGCGUUUGAGAAAUUGAAUUUGGAAUUUCCAAAGCUGCUUCUGACUGAAGAUGACCAAAAUGUCAAUAUGGUUGGCAGCUACUAUGAUGUGUCCGCGGCAAAACAAUUUCUCCUUGAUCAUGGGGGGGUUACAGGUAAAGUAGAAAAAGAAGAAGAUGUGGGUAGUACUUCUCGAUAUUCAUUUGAUUCAGGCUCACAGCGUCCUCCUGCUGGGGGUAAAAUUCCUCUUCCCAAGUCCUCAACUGCACAGUCGCUGGACUGUGGGAUAGAGAACAUAGUCAAGUCACAUGAGAAUGACACAACAGCUGAAGGAGCUAGAAAAUAUAAAUUAGCAGCCAGGUUUAAGGACUCAGGGUUUGCUGGGUUGAGGGACUUCAAUAUUCAAGGCCACUCAUCUUCUGGUAGACAAGAACGCCUUGGUCCUGUGUUAGGGCACAGAAUGCUUUCAGAAACUGUAGGGGUUUCUGGUGGGACAAUCUCCAGAGCAACAGCUCAAAACACUGGAGGGGACAUCUUGUUUAAGAAUGGAGAUACUGUGCGUUCAUCCAUGUCUGGGCGUGAUAAAACCUUCCUGAAUUCAGAUGUAAUCACUCAAACGAAGAGCAAGACCACCUCCACAGGCAGUGAUCAGUCCACUUUGUUAAUUAGCACAGUAUCCCUACCAGCUCAGUCUGGAUCUCCUUUGAAGCGAUCAAGUAGUUUCUCAGGAACUCUCCCACAGAAGUCUCAAGGUGUGGAUCAGAAGAUUGAAGAUGAUUUGUUCACGUCUACAUCUAAAGCCAGGAGCAGGUCUUCUAGCUUCAGCAGCCAAACACGGCGUGACAAGGGAGAAGUCCAUAUGACAGAAAUUGUAGCUUCGUUUGUGUUGUGGAACUACAUCAAAGAAGCAUAUAACGUCCUUUUGGAAGACCUUAGCACUGAUGUCCGGUUGAAAGAGAUCCACACAGAAGGUAGCCAGGAUGCAACUAUUGUUUUAAUUGGGGCAAACAUGCAAAAAGUCAGUUCUUGUCAGCAGAGUUUGCAGAAGUUACUGGACAGGGUCACUGCAGAUUUUUGCUUUGAAAAAUUAAGCUUUUCAGACCUGGGAGUUACUAACCCAGAAAAUGAAACUUUGCUUAUGUGUUGCGAUGACAUACGUAGCCGCCACAAGAAAGUUACAGUCUUUACGACAGCAGAGAACUUAUGCGUUUGUGGUCCAAGGCAAUUAUGUUCUGAGGUAAUUGCUGUACUACGUGAGAUAUUUUCUGGAGAAUCAACCCAAGUAUCUCAGCAACAGAGCAACUUCGAUCACUUAACAUUUACAUGGGACAAGCCAACAGAUGCACAAGUGAUCAAGGACCAAGAUAACAAUCUGCACUGUAACAGUAAUCCUCAGCAAAUACUCAAGACCAAGAGUUUCGAGAAUGGUGUUGGGUCAGUAGCAGCUGGUUCCAAUCCAGAUGCAUCCCUUUGUCAGAAGGAGAUGAUAACACACUCUGUGGUCACCCAAAAUGAUGAUACAGAGCAUGACCAAGACAUGAUUAAGGAUUUGUCUGGGGAAUCCACAUCAGGUCAAGGAGACAUGGGGUGUAUCUGUGUGUGUGGAGAGAGUGGGGUGCUGACGACAAGAACCAAAUGUGGGGUGGCCAUGUGCUCUCAGUGCCUGGACAAACUUCAUGUUCACUGCAGAGUUUGUAUUGAGACGGAGCCAAUACCACCAGGCAUCCAGGGUGAAACGAGCUACUCCAAACUCUCCACCACCAUACCAGGUCACUAUAAGGACUCCACCAUUAAGGUCACCUACUGUAUUCCUGAUGGUAUCCAAGCGGACAACCACCCUUAUCCAGGGCAACCAUUUCAAGGAGGAGUAUUUGUUGCCUACCUUCCAGACUGCAAGGAGGCGAGGAAGCUGUUGCCCAGGCUGAAGAAAGCCUUCACCCAGGGACUCACCUUCACACUGAAAUGCAGAGAGUCACAGGCCUGGGUCACCUGGGACAAAAUCCCACACAAGACCAGCAUCCAUGGAGGCAAAUCAGGGAAAGGUUACCCAGAUUCCACCUACUUGACUCGGCUAUCAGCCGUGCUGGCUUCUUACGGGAUUUCAGAGGCACCAGUAAAGGACAAACGAUGAAAUUAACCAGGAAGGACUUCUUGUGUAAUUUGUACGUCUGUUAACGGAGGUAAUGUUUUCAGUCGUGCAUGUUGGUAUUUCUGUUUGUUGGAUAGCUCAUCAACAAAUAAGUUUUGCUUGAUUUGGUCAGUGGAUUCUCAUCCAGCUGUAGAACAAAAAUAAGUUUUAAAUUACCCUUUUAUCAUUCCUACUUUGUCUUCAGUUGAAGUCAGAUGAAUGUAGCAGGACUUUUGGGUUUUGACAAGUCUUUUUUUAUGCCUCAGCUAUUUUCACUGUAUUUGUAUGUCAAAUAAGUAUUGUUGUGACUGAUCAAUUUUGUAAUAUUUGAUUAUAAAUGCAGUAACUGAAAUAUGUUGCCACUCAUUUUUGACAUUUUGUUCAUUUUUAACAACUUUUAGUAAUUUUUCAACCGUGAAACUGAUUUUUGAUUAACGUAUUUUUUUUUAAUUUGUAUGUCAAUAUUAUUUUCUGGAAAUUGUAUAUUCUCCGAUUGUUUCACUUGUAAAACUGUAUUUUAUGUGGUGUACCUAAUUUUUGGGUUUUAAUGAUAAUAUCAUGAUAAUAUCUUGUAAGAAAAUAAUGACUAUUUGUCACAAUUUGUCAGAGUAAA